AGGCGUCCCUCAAUGCCAUCGGAGGUCAUCGAAUUCGCUGGCAUGCGGUUUCUCAUCACCGAUUCGCCGAACGAGGUAACAUUACGCCGGUACGUACGCAAUUUACAGAAUUAUGAUGUGACGCUGUUGAUCGGUGUCUGCGAUGUCAAUUACGAUCUGACGCCGUUCUUGAAUUCCGGUAUCGAUGUGAAGAUUUUACAUUUCGUCGAUGGCACAUUUCCCGAUGAGCGCCUGAAGAAACAGUGGUUCCGCAUGCUGCACGAAAACAUAACGCUACAUCCCGGCACCUGCGUGGCCGUGCACUGUCAAAGCGGUUUGGGGCGUGCGGCGCUGCUGGUGGCCAUAACGCUGAUUGAGUUGGGCAUGAGUUUUGACAUUGCGGUCAACGUUAUACGGAGUAAGCGUCGCGGCGCCUUCAAUGAGGCGCAAUACGAAUAUCUGAGGAACUAUCAGCCGGAACUGUUUAUUGGGCCACGCAGAUCGGGCAACUGUGCGGUGCAGUAAUGGGCCUUGUCCAAACUAAAAAUAAGCACAAAAUUUACAGUUAUAACAUAAAUUUGAUGUUUGUAUGUAUUUGUGUUUUGAGACUUCUUAAAUUGUAUAUAUAAAGUUACUGAAAUUUAAUUAUACCGUUAUUUGCAUGCGCGCAAUUCCACUGAA